GGCACUUCAGUCGCAUCGAGCUACUCGUGGAACGCGUGUCGCGUAGUGCAUGCAUGCAUGCUUGCGUGCGGUUAAACGUGCGUGCAUGUGUGUGCUUAUUAUUGUGGUGUACCCAGAGUGGUCGCGUGUGCAUGUGUGCGGGCUAUAACACGGUGUUGCGCGGUCUCGACAGUGCAUGUCGUGAUUACUAUAGCCGUCGUCUCGUCUGUCCGUCCAUCGCGAUCACACCAAAUGCACGUCUCGCGCUUCUCGAGAUCUCGCAGUAACACCCGUGGUUGUUGCCGUGCCGUUUGACAGCGCGGCCGAUUCGAAGAACGAAUAGGAAAGGGGAAGCCGCGUCUCGUUCCGCGGUUGAUGACUCUUCGAACGAUCGUACCGAAUACGCGACGACGAAGGAGGAGAAGGAGGAAUUGAAUCGUCUCGUUGCUCGUGCUUCGUCUCUUUUUCUCUAUCCUUCUCACGCUCUUGAGCACGAUUUACGGAACUUACCACCAGCCUAUCUCGCAGUUUCCGCUCGGUUUCUCUUUCUUUCGCUUUUACUGCUUUCUACCCAUUCGUCCUGCCGGUUGGCUAUUUUGCCAAAAUGAAAUUAAUUCAGAGGCAUCAUCGUGCAAUUCUGGCACCUGUGUCGAUCGUGAUAUUAUUAUGCGGUUGCACCGAUCUCGUGUCAUCUCGAUCGCCGCGUUUCGCCGAACAUCCUGAAAACGAUACCGACUUCGUGUCCACCGAUUGUGAACGUGUUAAGCCCUUCUUCGUGAGCAAGAAUAUCACGAUCGUGAUUACGAAGCAAGGUGCAGUAGAGGAUAUCGCCAAAACAACUUGUAAUGGCAUGUGCUGCAACUUGGAGACUGAGGAACAGUUAAGACAUCAAGCUAGGGCAGAUUUUCACGACUUGAUCCAUCACCACAGCAGAAGUUUGCAAGGUCUUCUGGCAACAACAGCGGAUGCGCUAAGGGAGACCGUGACGAUGCUCGCGAGACAGUCGGAGAACAAAACCUUAACCCUCUUCGAUCAAGUAUAUCGCACGAUGGCGGUGUUGAGCAGACCCUCGAUAAAAGCGCUGUACCAGGCAAUGGUUGAUUACGUGUCGUCGAGCAACACGCCGGACAGCUUGCAGCAGCCCCUGACCCGCGACAUGCUUCAAGAACGGUUCAUAGAGUUCUUCACCAAACUCUUCCCCAUCGCCUAUCACAAUGCGGUGAAUCCUCGUCAAUACGAGCAAGAUUUCAUCGAGAAGUUCAAGAAUUGCCUUUACGAGACGAUGGACGAGAUCCAGCCGUUCGGUGAUAUACCCAAGCAGGUCGCCAAGUCGGUGAGCAAGAGCCUGGAAGCUACUCGAGUGCUCGUUCAGGCGUUGACUCUGGGCAAAACGGUGCUGGAUAGAACCGACAGCGUGCUGUUUUCCGGUACCAGUCCACAGCAGGAAGCCUGCUAUGGUGCGCUGCUCAGGAUGACCUAUUGUCCCAGGUGCAAGGGCAUCGGUCCCUCCGUCAGGCCCUGCAGCGGAUUCUGCACUAAUGUCAUGAGAGGUUGCCUGACGGAGCCAGCAUCCGAACUGGACCUCGCAUGGUCCGGCUACGUGGAAACGGUGGAGAGGCUCGUUGUGGCGGUCGAUGGUCGUAACGAUCCGUUGGGCCUGAAAGCCGAGAGGGCUGUCAGACAAUUGGACACCCGCAUUUCGGACGCCAUUAUGCACGCGAUGGAGAACGGGCCGGCGCUCGAGGAGAAGGUGAGGAAAGUUUGCGGACGGUCGGAGCUGCAGCCAUCGAGCGAGGGGACCGUUACGGAUGCAGCUGCAACAGGGAAAUCGUCGUCGACCGGGCCCGAGAUGCACGCAGCUGCGUCGCCUGCCACGCAUCGAACAUUACUGACGCAGUUACACGUGCAGCUGGGCAAUUUCUUGGCCAGCGUCGUCAGGUCCCGGACCUUCUACGGCACGCUCGCCGACACAAUCUGCGAAGAAUAUCCGGACAGGCGAUGCUGGAACGGCGAACGCGUCGGAGAAUACACGAAGACGGUAGCAGAUUCGAGCCUGAUGGCGCAGAGGUACAACCCAGAGUUCACUAUAACGACAAUGUCGCCGACGACGACUUCCUACAGCAACUCGAACACCAGCGUGCUCAUUGACCAAUUGAGGCACAUUAAUCAGAUCUUACAGUCUCAGUUGGCGUCAGCACCCGAUAGCGGAACGCUGCUGGCCGACGCGGCUCUGGAUAGUUCAGGAAGCGGUGACAGGCCAAUAUGGAGGAAGAAAGGCACAGGGGAGGACAUCGAUAACGACGACGAGGACGUGCGUGGUUACGAUCACGACGACGAGGAGGCAUCUGGAUCAGGAAUGGGCCCCACUACACUAGAUCCACUGACGAAGACAUCAACGAUACUGAAGAAUCGCGAGAAUCCGACCACAGGUGGCGCCUCGAGCAUUCUCCUGUCGUCCAUCGUAAUGGCGGUCGCCUGUGUACCGUUGAUCGCCUAAGUUAAAUCGAAGCCGGCGUGAAAGAAGGGAACGACGUUUCGACGACCCGCGACCUAGACAAGACGUAGACAAAACGAUUUUGGUGCCCGCGUCGGCGAACAGGAUGAUCCUGCUCGACACGAGGGAUCUGAUCCGUUAACGGAUCAUACGAAUCUGCUUUAUAGGUAUUUAUCGUGCCGCCUGAACGGAACAGCUGCGAGAGGAAAUGUCCCGUGACAACCGUUUGGGAAAUCCGUUUCGUUGUUCGUGGCUGAGAAUCGAUGCGUGUCGAUCGAUCGAACGAGGACUGUGCGUUUCGUAUCGAAGUUCGAGAGCAAGGUUCUGAGAAUCGUUCGCGUUCGAAGAUAACCUUCUUGGCUCGUUGGCCUGCGUGAUCGAGUAUCCGAGAAGUGUCGCAACCACGAGGCUGAAUAGACAUUUUUCCAGGCAGAGGUCGUUCCAUACGGAUAGGAAACCGUAGGUCAGGAUCUGAUAUCGAAUAGCCGGGAGCAAAAAGUGUCACAGGAGAGAGAGAGAGAUCGUUGGACAAGUGUCUCGCCAGCAAUGGCGUCCUGCUCUCGACGAUGCGCCAAGGAUCGAGCGACGGCGGCGGUUGGUACUACUUGCAGCGAGAAUGCUUGGGCGAUUAAAAAUGGCGGCGCGAGGCCUGGAGGAACAACGAGCAGACCGAUUCUCAUCGAUAGCGCGUCUCGUUGCUAGCGAACCAGACCACGAAGGAUGGGAUUAUAUUUAGGAAAGUAGAAACGUUUCGAGGAAAAUUAAAGUUGGUCCGGUUGGUCGAGCUGCUCGUGUGUGUGGAGCGAGGAAGGAACGACGGGCGGGUAAAGAGUAGGUCGAGAGUGACGCCAAUGGUAAUGUUGUCCUUUUCUGUUUUACGAUGCCAGUAAGCACGAUCCGUGGCCAUCCGACGAAAAUGACUGCGCUGCCGCGAUUCCACCGAACGGCGGAAGAUUCCUCUAAGCAGCGCAUUCUGUUUUUCUGGAGGAUUGGUAAAUUGAGGCGAAAAGGAAGAGACCAUUUCGUAUGAAAUUGGAGCCAAAGGAGAAAAUGUCGAGAAUAAUCCCCGAGCAACGCUACGAUAUCGUGUUACGUCUAUGGGAGAUCAGAUUUGAUAACAUAGGAGAAGGACGGAAGAGUAAUACCGGAAAGAAUAAUACUGCAGUUCCGGAUAAACGAAGAAUAACACUGUAUCGUGGUAUUAAAAAAUUUCAAGGCAACACCUUGCACGAAACACGCGGCAAUAUCAUACGAGCCAGAUGAGCACGACUGAUUCUCUCAUGGGUCAAGGAAUCCUAUCGGUCCACAUAUAUACACGAGUUUGGUAAACGUUCCCUUUCGCCAAAAGAUUCAACGAGGAGAGACCACGUGAACAAACAAAA